UUAAUUACGCCCUUCCUGUGAACUAGAGUCACACAUAUGAGUAUUGUGCUGUCAUCUGUAAGACCUUGUUUCUUGCUUUGUUUGAGCUCAGUCCAGCACACUCCCAAGACAUUGAGACAUUGAGCAAACUGUUCCGGCAUACUUUAACAUCAUGGAUCAAUGUUUGGAAAUCUAUGCAAAUGUAGAGGAAGCAUCAUGUGAUCACAACAGCUAUACAAGGGAGAUAAAAGAUUCUGAAAAUAUUUACGGAAAUUUGGACGGGAUCCAGACUCUGGGGCCAAAAAGAACUGGACCUGCACUCUCAGGUGCUGGAGAUCUGAAGAAGAGUUCCUGCAGAGCUGCUGCAGUGUGUCUGGGUCUGCUGUGUCUUCUCCUUCUGAUUGGACUCAUAAGUUUGGUUUUCCUAUAUACCAAAAGCAACUCUGAACGAGACCAGUUACAGACCAGCUACAACAACCUGAAUAAAGAACGAGACCAGUUACAGACCAGCUACAACAACCUGACUCACGAACAGGACCAGCUCCAAAAGAGAUUUGAUGACAUGGCCAAGGAGAGAAAUGAUCUUCAGAGAAAAUUUCAAGAAAUGGGAUGGGUGUAUUUCAGCGGUAGCUUCUAUUACAUUUCUUCUCUGAAGAAGUCCUGGCAAAAAAGUAGAGAUGCCUGUCAGCAGAGAGGUGCAGACCUGGUGAUUAUCAACAGCAAAGAAGAACAGGAAUACAUAAUAAGUUUCCAGAAACGUUUGUGGAUUGGACUGACUGACAUAGAGACAGAGGGCACAUGGAAAUGGGUGGAUGGGACUCUGCUGACCACAAGUUUCUGGACUGAUGGUGAACCAAAUAAUGAUUUGGGCAGAGAAGACUGCACAGAAAUUUGGAAAUUUGAUUCAGAAAAAAGCUGGAAUGACAACAACUGUGCCCAAGAGAAAUACUGGAUCUGUGAAAAAAGAUUACCUUGAUAACGCUGUAUUUUAACCAACAAGACAGUGAUACUCUAUCAUAAUUUUCAGUUUCAGACUUUAUUACCAAGACAGAAAUAACUCAUGAUAUGAACUACUGUGAUGCUAAAAUAAAUUAAAGUACAAUUU